AUGCGGGUGCUUCUUCGUCCUAGCGCCUCGAGGCUCUGGCGGUCGUCUUGCUACGUACCUGCACGACAUGCCGCUACCACGCCUUUUUAUCGGCCCCUGCCUGAGCCUAGCGUCGCUUGGCGCACAGACGACGUGGAGGAGGCGCGACGUGUGGCACAGGCGAAGCACAUGAAAUUCCAAGAGGACGAGGCCGCUGAGCUGCCCCUCUUGCAGCAACGCCUUGUCGAGCUUCGCAAGGAGCGCGCAAGCCUCGAGAAGGAACAAAAAGACGUCGGAAAGGCUAUACCUGCCCUGGCCAAGGCCGCACCGUCAUCGCCUGAUCUCGCGGCGAAGCGCGAGAGAGCUCGUACUCUUCGUACCGCCUUGCGUGACUUGGACAAGACUGUGUCAGAUCUGACCGCACGUUCGCUUGCCAUUCGCAGCGCAUGGCCUAACCGUGUCCACCCUGACGUGCCUGUGGGGCCGGAAAGCGUGUCGCAGGUACUACGUGUGGUCGAUGCUCGCGAUGCUACGUGGUACCCUACACGUGUGCCCACAUUGUCGUUGCCAUGCUCCAUCGCAGACUUUGAGCAGACGGCGACGUGGAAGGAGGCUCUGCAAGCGAAUCCGGCGCAUGACCAUCUCGCUGUGGCCCAAGCUCGUCGUGAUGGCGCGAUUGAUAUGACGACGGGCAUCCAUACCACAGGUCCCUCGUGGCCUUAUUUGAUGGGGACUAUGUCUAUGAUGGAGCAUGCCAUUAGCCAGUAUGCCCUAUCGAAAGCGAUUCAGCAUGGAUUUGUGCCGGUGUCUGUGCCAGACGUGAUCAAGACUGACGUGGCAGAGCGAUGUGGCUUCCGACCCCGCGAUGAAGUGGCGGCGCAGACCUACUUUGUGGAUACUCGUCGUAUGGACGACACAGACGAGGCUUCCUCGCUGUGCCUGGCUGGCACAGCUGAAAUCCCGCUGGCCUCGUUGGUCGCCAAACAGACAUACUCCGUCCAAGAGACAACGGCGAACGAAGGCGGUUUCAUCGCGACGCAUUCGCUGCCUGUGAAGCUCACCGCGCUGGGCCAUGCGUUCCGUGCGGAGGCUGGUGCGCGGGGCGCUGAUACUCGUGGCUUGUACCGCAUUCAUCAGUUCUCCAAGGUCGAAAUGUUCGCUGUGACACAGGCUGACGCGAGCGACGUCAUGCUCGAGGCUCUUCGCUGUGUACAGGAAGACAUGGUGCAAGGCCUAGGCUUAGCCUAUCGUGUUCUGGACAUGUCUUCGGAAGAAUUAGGCGCGAGUGCGUACCGCAAGUACGAUAUCGAAGCAUGGAUGCCUGGCCGUGGCUCAUGGGGCGAAAUCUGCUCCGCCUCCAACUGCACGGACUACCAGGCUCGCCGCUUGGCCAUCAAGUACAAAAAGGAUGGCCAGAAUCACUAUGCUCAUACCCUCAAUGCAACCGCUGCAGCGAUCCCACGGCUGAUUGUAGCUCUGCUGGAGACGUACCCAUCGAAAGACCACCUCCUUCUUCCUGCCUCGCUCCGUCCCUUCUGGUUGGGCGGCCCGACGGAUGCGCGUGUCCGCUGGCUCGAGCCGAACGUCGCCCGCCACACUGCUGCUACGUCGAGCCAUGUCGCACGGCGGCCGUCACAGUCACAGGCAUCCUUCCACACGUCGGCCCAGCGGUCUUCCGGCUCGUUGGAGCGGGCCAAGCAGCGUAUUCGCGCGCUGGCCGCUCGCACAGGCUCUGAUCCAGCGCCGUUGUUGGUCGCUUUUCUCGCACUGCACGAACUGACGGCCAUCGUGCCCUUGUUCGUCAUUGCGGCGAUUCUGGCACUUCUCGGUGGCGGCGAUGUACUGCUAGAAGCGAUCGAUCAUAUGGUGAACAAGUUUGCGCCGAAGGAAGACGCCGUCCUUCACGAAUGGAUCGCACGAGGACGUCGUAUGGCGACGCGCAUGUGCGCACGAUGCGAUGCGGUCCUGCACGGCGAAGAAGGCGCGCCCGCUGCGGCCGUAUGGCUGACUAGUCUUACAGCCGCGUACGUGGCCGUCAAAUUGCUGCUUCCUGUACGCAUUGCCCUCUCCCUAGCAUGGGCGCCUGCGACGGCGCGAAUGUUCAUUAUGCCGCUUUGGCGCCGGUGGACCCCGCGCCGCCCCCCCUCCACAUAG